CCCCCCCCCUCUCCUUUCUCCGCAACAUUGCCGCCUGCCUCCCUCCCUCACAUAUCUAUCUGCCCUCCACUGGAAGUGGCCUCUGCCUCGCUUGUCACUCCUUCGUCUAGUGUGGGUCGCAGCCGCCUUUCGUACAAGUGUUUAAGGAGCCCGAUACAGUGUGAAAACGAGGAACCUCGAACGGAACCUCAACGAUGACGAAGCCCCACCACUUUUCGCUCGAGGCCGCCGUCCGGCCCAAUAUCCUGGCGCUGAAGCCCUACCGCUGCGCCCGCGACGACUACUCCACCGGCAUCCUCCUCGACGCCAACGAAAACUCCUUCGGCACCUGUCUACCCCCCACCCUCGCCCCCUCCUUGCUCCCUUCCACCCCCUCUCUCCUCCCCGCCACCUCCGACACGCCCACCGACACCCACCUCGAACGCUACCCGUCCCCGCACCAACCCACCCUCAAACACCUCAUCUCCUCCUUCCGCGCGCUCAACCCGACCACAGGGCCCGAGAGCCUGUUUCUGGGUGUUGGCAGCGAUGAGAGUCUUGAUCUGAUCGUCAGGGUGUUUUGUAGGCCCGGUGUGGAGAAGGUGUUGGUGUGUCCGCCGACGUAUGGGAUGUACGGGGUUGUGGCGAUGGUCAAUGAUGUGGGGGUCGUGGAGGUGGGGUUGGAGACGGGGGAUGACGGGAGGAGGUUUCAGCUGAGGGUUGAUGAGAUAAAACACCACCUCCGCACCGACCCCACGAUAAAAAUCCUCUUCCUCUGCUCCCCGGGCAACCCGACCGGCACCCUCCUCCACCACGCCGACAUCAAAUCCCUCCUCGACUACGAACACUACAAAGGCGUCGUGGUCGUCGACGAGGCGUACAUCGAUUUCUGCGAGCCUGGUGCGAGUGUCGCGACGUGGACGGAAGAAUACCCGAACCUGGUGGUGACGCAGACGUUGAGCAAGAGUUUCGGGUUAGCGGGGAUCCGACUGGGAAUCUCCAUAGCCUCACCCGCAAUAACAAAGAUCUUCAACGCCACAAAAGCCCCCUACAACAUCUCCACCCCAACCUCCCUCCUCGCCCGCGCCGCCCUGUCCCCCGCAGGCGUCGCCCAGAUGCGCGAACAUGUCGCCAGCAUCACCUCCCAGCGCUCCGCCCUCAUCGCCGCCCUCGCCACCCUCCCGGACCUCGCACCCCCCCGCGGCGGCACGGACGCGAACUUCAUCCUCAUCCCCGUGUUGAGAGACGGGAAGCCGUGUAAUACCCGCGCCCACGCAGUCUACAAACGCAUGGCGGAGCAUGCCGCCCGCCAGGUGGUGGUCAGGUUCAGGGGCAUGGAGAAGGGGUGCGAGGGGUGUUUGAGGAUCACGGUCGGCACCGGGGAGGAGAAUAAGGCGCUGGUCGGGUUGUUGGGGGCGGUGUUGGGGGAGACUGCGUAGCGGGGUGUGGAGAGUCUUUUCAGAGGCGUACUUUUAGCAUCAAGGACCAGCGUGUUGAGCUAGACUAGGUUGGGUAUCUCUCGCAAUCAUCAACUUUCAUGUUCUUCUCCCCGAAUAUAAUUUACACAUGAACCCUAUGAAUACAGAAAUAAUGAUAGAUGCGCGGGCUGGCGGUUCUAUACAUACAGCGCUGUCUAUGCUAUGCCUAUCCUAAUGCGAGACGGU